GGUUAUUUGAAACAUCAGUGAUAUUCUGAGCAAUGUCUAGUUAUUAGUUACUGAUGCUGUACUCUUAUAAGCUUUGUUAAAGGGAAAAUGUUCCAAGAAAAUAUGACUUUAUUGUUAAAACAAGUCCUUAAUCAAAAAGUAGCCCUUAUAUAUCUGUAAUAAAUACUGAAACGACGAUGCAACGUUUCUAUUGUAUGGCCAUAACGAUAAACACACAUUUAAACUACAUUACCCAAAGUUCCGUAGACCUUCCAACAGUGAUUCAUGAAUGGCAUCCUGACAUACACUCCAAUGAAGAAAAAGGCGUGUAAUUCUUUGCCUGCCAAUUGCAGCCGGCAAACCCCAACCCUUAAAGAAUAUGCAACCUCAAUGGGUAUUGCGCAGGGGUCCAGUGCCACAACUGGCUCUCAUACUGUCCAACAACCAGCCCCACAAAACAGGCACCUGGCCAUGGCGCAGCACAGCCACAACCUACUGAAGUUCUUGAAUGAGGAUCGGACUCGACAGAGAUUCUGUGAUGUGACUGUGUCCGUGGGUGGGAGGCUAUACGGUGCACACAAAGUGGUAUUGGCACACGGGAGCAGUUAUUUCCACGCUGAGCUAUCCAAGAACCCCUCCAUAGCCCAUGUGACUCUGGAUCAUGUGGAAGACUCUGUAUUCCAGCACCUGCUGGGUUUGUUGUACACCUCAGAGUGUGUUAUUGCAGAGAGAGAAGUCCAGGCUCUAAUUGAAGCGGCCCGGUUCUUGGACAUGAUGGAUGUAUUAAAGUUGCUGUGUGAAGAAGGAGGCAACAACCCUGUAAGUGUGAUCCGGGCUCAGACUGAAUCAAGAGCUUCUCCCGAAGGACGAGUGACACCCACUCAUUCUCCAACAAGUGGUAUUGACAGUCAAAGCUUGUGUCAUCAACAAUUCUGCACAGAAAACAGCACACAGAACCAGAGUCACGCUGGCAUGCGGAGAUCUACUCGAAGGAGGAAAACUCCUACAAAGUAUCUGAAGGAUGACAUGACUUACACCCCCGAGGAAACUGAACCAACAACGGAGCAGGUUGAAGAAAGAUUAGCAGCAGCUGCCGCAAGAACCGAACUGAAUGUGAAUGAAACAAAGUCGUCACAGGUGGAGGACUUAAUGGGUGAGGAGGAGGACGGGGAGGAUGGAGGAGGCCUCAGUGAGGAGGGGGUUGUACAAAAGAAAGCCGCUGAGCCUCAUACAGAAAGCAGUGGUGCAGACGACAGGACAGCGCAAGUGAUCACCAGUCAGGUGGAAGUGAAAACGCCAACAGUAGGAAGUUCCAGCCAGAGUCCAGUGUACCCUGAAGGUCUGGCUCCCGUCAUCAUUCACACCUCCAGCAAGAAGACUCUCAAGUGCCCCAAAUGUGAUAAGAUCUUUGACCGAGCAGGGAAGUACGAGAGUCACACGAGAGUGCACACGGGAGAAAAACCCUUCCAGUGUGACGUCUGUCUCCAGUGCUACUCCACCAAGUCCAACUUGACCGUUCACAAAAAGAAACACACCAGCGACGCUCCCUUCCAGAAGAAAGAACACAAGUGUCCCUUUUGUAAUAAACUCCACGCGAGCAAGAAAACACUGGCUAAGCAUGUCAGGAGGUUCCACCCAGACCAUCUCCAAGAGUUUCUCAGUAAGAGGAAGAAGAAGAGUGAAGGCUGGAAAUGUGCUAUUUGUAUGAAGAUCUUUUCCCGUAGGCCUCACUUGCAGGAACACAUGAUCCUGCACACACAGGACCGGCCAUUCAAAUGCUCCUUCUGUGAUGAGUACUUCAAGUCCAGGUUUGCCAGGCUCAAGCACCAGGAAAAGUACCACUUGGGUCCUUUCCCGUGUGAAUUCUGUGGCCGACAGUUCAACGACACGGGCAACAGGAAGAGGCACAUUGAAUGCACACAUGGAGGGAAAAGAAAGUGGACAUGUCUUGUUUGUGGCAAAUCAGUGAGAGAAAGGACAACCUUAAAGGAGCACAUGCGCAUCCACAGCGGCGAGAAGCCCCACCUCUGUAGUAUCUGUGGGCAGAGCUUCCGCCAUGGCAGCUCCUACAGGCUCCACCUGAGAGUCCACCAUGAUGACAAGCGCUACGAGUGCGAUCAAUGUGGGAAGACUUUCAUACGCCACGAUCACCUGACCAAACAUCAGAAGAUUCACUCUGAUGAAAAAGCCCAUCAGUGUGAAGAAUGCGGGAAGUGUUUCAGGCGCCAUGAUCAUCUUACGGUCCACUACAAAAGCGUUCAUUUGGGAGAGAAAGUUUGGCAGAAGUAUAAAACAGCCAUGCAUCAAUGCGAGGUUUGCAAGAAAGAAUUUAAAGGAAAGUCCAGCCUUGAAAUGCACUUCAGGACCCACUCAGGUGAGAAACCCUUCAGAUGUCCCGAGUGCCCCCAGACGUUUCGGAUCAAGAAGACCUUGACAAAGCACAUGGUCAUCCACUCUGAUGAUCGUCCUUUCAACUGCCAGCACUGCAACGCCACCUUUAAGAGGAAAGACAAACUCAAGUACCACGUGGACCAUGUGCACAGCAACCGCUCUCCCUCGCUGUCCGAGAGAGGCACGCUCGGACAGGACAAGAUCAACCCGGGUCCUUUUAGUGCGGAACCUAAGUCAACCCCACCGUCUGGCGAGGCACCCACAAACGUGUGCGUGCCCGUCACUUUAGUCCCCGUCGGGAUGGCAGGCGGGCCUCAAGGCGAACUGGACGCUCACAGGGCGACCGCCACCACCGCUCAAACGCACAAUAUGGUGAGCAUGCAGCCGCAGAACUCCAGUAGCUACCAGGCCGCCACUGAGCUGGCCUUUUUAGAGAAGUACACCCUCACGCCCCAGUCGGCCAACAUCGUUCACCCCAUGAGGCCCGAUCAGAUGCUGGACGCUCGAGAGCAGUCGUACUUAGGAACGCUGCUCAGUUUGGAUUCUAAUUCCACCGUGGAGGAUGUUAGAGUUAAAAUAAGUUAGUAUUCCAAUAUUUUAUUCUUAAUCAAUGUUUUUUUAUUAUGCUAUUAUAGAGUAUUAUGUGUUGCAUUUUAAGGGAAAAAAAUAUAUGAUUUAUUUUGGAAUAUGGCUGCGUCAUAAGAAAAUUUGGAUAAAAUGAAGGUGGGUGAGUGCUUUUUAUAGGGACUGUAUAAACACAUGUAAUUUAAUUUAAUUUAAAAAGCACAAAGGCUCUUCACCUGCUUUGCAUUUUGGUCCUUCUUUUUAGUCUAUUUUAAUGUCAGGAUUUUAGCUCAGACUCUCCCACUUUUCCUCGUUAAUGUUUGUUUUCCAUUCAUUGAUGCACUUACUGUAACUCAACAGCAA